GGAUACCACAGCUACGCUUCGUUGAGUGCAAGUCUACGUAUCCUCCUUGCACAGUCAUCGAAAAUCACUCAAGCAAGACAAUCUUGUUGACCGUCACCUUCACUGAAACUGAACACAACAAAUCAAAGUGAAUCUCAACAAAUACAUUUACUUGGAUGUACUUUUCGUCAACUUAAGUUCCAUAUAUAAAGUGAACAGCUACCGCCAGAAGUCAUCAGUUAGCAAAGCGUUCUCACUUCACCACAAUCAGAAGCAUUGUAAACCACCAGCCUUCACCAUGAAGUUCGUCAUCGCAGUCCUAGCCUUGGCUCUGGCCGUCGCUGUCGACGGAUCUUACGUCCCAAGUGUGGUGUCAUACUCGGCAGCCGUUCCAGCCGUCUCCAGCUCGGUUUGGCCAGCCUACGGAGAUCUGUACGGAAAGUCUGCCGUGCUGGGAGGUUAUGCCGGCUACCCGGGAGCAUACGGAAGCUGGCCAGUGUACGGAAAGACCUGGGGAUACCAAGCGGCACCAGUUGUGACCAAGGUCGUCGAUAAUGGAGCGUGGAACUAUGGUGGUUAUGGAUACAACAAGUACUGGCUGUAAUCUGUGUUGGGUUG